UGAAGAACGAGGGCAUAAUUAAGAAUAUAAAAUGGAAUUCAUCGGCGUAUUGCUGUUACAUAUUAUGUUAUUGAUAUCAUUGGAGGGUGCUACAAGUUGGCUAAUGGAACAUGAGAAUUUUACUCUCCCUUCCUAUUGUUCCAAAACAUGCGGUGGUAUACAAAUUGAGUAUCCUUUUGGCAUUGGCACUAAUUGUUCUUAUGCUGUUGGAUUUAAUCUUACUUGUUCACAAGACCAGGAUCAUCCAAGACUCUUGUUAGGAGAUGGCAAUAUCCAAGUAAGAUCUUUUGAUAUGAAAAAGGGGCUGGUCAUCAUUGAAUCACCAUAUGCCACAUUGGAUGUAGAUGCACAAUCUAAUAACACUGCAUUGAUCAAUCUUAAGGAUUCACCUCUGUCUUUUGGAUUACAUUCAACUGAUGAUUUUGGAAGCUCAUUAGGAUAUAACAGAUUGCUUGUGGCCGGUUGUAGUGUUACUGCCAUUAUUGUUGAUUUGGAUACCAAUAGUGCGAUGGAUGCUUGCACUACAAUAUGCUCCACUACUAUCAACACUCCAACUACUCAGCAGAGAUAUAUGUCUACAUAUGGAUAUUGUAGCAUUGACUUGGAUAGUGUAAGAUUUAGCAAUCUUUCAUUGGCCAUUCAGUUAAAUCGACUUGAUGAGAAAAUGGAUCAUAUGAUCAUCAAUAGCACCUCCAGCAUCAUAGCCACCAUAUAUGAUGAUUUCUUAACUGAUUAUGAUGACUUCCAAAGAUUUAUAGACGAUAGGAAUAGAACUGGAAUGAUGGCCUCUCUCGCUUGGUACUUCAAUGACUAUUCAACAUGCAAAGAGGCUAUGGAGAGGACCAACACUUAUGCAUGCCGUAGUGAUAAAAGUGAAUGUUAUGAUGUCCUUUUUGAAGAUGCAUUAUAUACCAAUGGCUACAAUUGUCGAUGUUCGUCAGAUUAUGUGGGCAAUCCCUACCUGCAUGAUGGUUGUAAAUUAGAUAAAAAUUUUACAUUCACUCCUGCAAAAGAUUGUCAACCCAAAUGCGGAAAAGUUUCAAUUUCCUUUCCCUUCGGGCUAAAACAAGGUUGUUAUCGAGACGAAGACUUUGCUCUAACAUGCAAUGAAACCUCCAGCCCUCCAACUCUCCUAUUUAGAGACUACUAUGUAGUGAGCAACAUUUCAGUGAAGGAAGGCCAACUGGAGUAUACUAUUGAUUUUUAUUCAGGUAAUAGAAAUUCACAUUUCACUUCCUCGAAGGCUCAGAAGGAUCAGACAAUCAUGGAUUGGGUUAUAGACAAGCAAUCUUGCAAGGAUGCUGCAAAAGACAGCACCACCUUCGCAUGUAUCUAUGAAAACAGCUCAUGUUUGGAUGUAAAAAAUGAAGGGUAUAGAUGCAUAUGCAAACAUGGUUACGAUGGGAAUCCUUACCUUCCUUUUCCUGACGGAUGUCAAGAUAUCAACGAAUGUAAUUCUUCUACAAAAGUUUGCACUGGAGAUUGUAUAAAUACAAAUGGAAGUUUCUAUUGCAUAUGUCCCCAAGGAACAUCUGGUGAUCCUGUUCAAGGAGUAUGCCUCCCCAACAAAAGGAAUUCUCUUUUAUUUGGCGUCAUCCUUGGUGCUAGCAUUGGAACGAGUCUCUUGCUCUUAUGCAUAACAUUGGUCAUCGUAGGCAAAAAAUGGAAGCAAAGAAAUCAACAGAAAAUCAAAAAAAGGAAUUUUCUAAGGAAUCAUGGUUUGCUACUUCAACAAUUAAUCUCCACAAGUGAUCAUGUUGAAGAGAGAACAAACAUAUUUUCUCUGGAAGAAAUAGAAAAGGCAACAAAUAAUUUUGAUGAAACUCGAGUACUUGGAAGGGGAGGACAUGGAACAGUUUACAAAGGAAUUCUAUCAGAUCAACGAGUUGUUGCCAUCAAAAAGUCAAAAAUAGUUAAGACGAGUGAGAUUGACCAAUUUAUAAAUGAGAUUGCGAUCCUUUCUCAGAUGAAUCAUAGGAAUGUAGUUAAGCUUCUUGGAUGCUGUUUAGAAACCGAAGUUCCUUUAUUGAUUUACGAAUUUAUCUCUAACGGGACCCUUUCUGAUCAUCUGCAUGUUUCACAAGAUGAAUCUAAAUUAUCAUGGGAUGAUCGUCUCAGGAUUGCUUCAGAAUCUGCAGGGGCGCUUGCCUAUCUACACUCAGCGGCUUCUAUGUCUGUCUUCCAUAGGGAUGUCAAGUCAUCAAAUAUUCUUUUAGAUGAUACUUUUAAGGCAAAGGUAUCAGACUUUGGAGCAUCAAGAUUUAUUCCUCUUGAUCAAACACACAUAGUUACUGCCAUACAUGGUACCUUUGGGUAUAUCGAUCCAGAGUAUUAUCAAACUAGUCAGUUGACAGCGAAAAGUGAUGUUUAUAGUUUUGGAAUUAUUCUUCUUGAACUUUUAACUGGAAAGAAGCCCAUCUUCUCAACCAAAGAUGGGUUACAACAAAAUCUAGCCAUGAAUUUCCUUCAAGCAACAAGAGAGAAUAUGCUGCUUGAUCUUAUAGAAGAUCGUGUGUUGCAAGAAGGAACAAAGCAAGAGUUUCUUGAAAUCAGUAGUCUCAUAGAAAUAUGCCUAAAUUUGAAAGGUGCGAAAAGGCCUACAAUGAAAGAAGUUGAAUAUAAAUUGCAAAGCAUGAGAAAGGUUAGAAUGAAAAAGAAAGGAGUUUGUAUUCUAGAAGGGAAUGAAGAUGUUGAAUGUUUACUCAGUAUGACAUCUCACUCUGCCUCACAAUUGGUGGAUGAAAUAAGUCAAGGAAAUACUAGGAAUUAUAGCUUUGAGAAGGAACUUAUGUGGUCACAAAAUUGCGCUCGUUAAUUUGUUUUAUGUAUAUGCAAGCAUGUGAAAUUUUCAUCUUUUUUAUUAUCAUCUUGAACUUUGUAUAAUUAAUUUUAUAGACAUUGAUAUAUGUAUAUUGUGUAAUGUACAUUUUAUCUUGUAUCUAUAUGUUUUUACAAAUGAAUUCCUAAGUUUCAUGAAACUAGAAUAAUAGUUUGAGGACCAUUCAACUCUUAUAUUUUCAGCGGUUAUAGGGGUCACUAUAAAAUUUAAUUUCUUUUUUUUUUUUCACUACAUCCAUGACGACGGGUAGAAUAUAAUAGAGAUUAUUCUAUGGGCUUGUUUCCUUAGAGGAAUUAUAGAGAAAGAUAUAGAGAAUUUGGUAAAUGAAGAGAAGUCACCUUUAGGUUUAAACGAAAAUAAUUUUAUUUACCAAAUCAAAAGAGAAUCCUUAACAUCAACCCAAACAAGUGUUUAAAUAGAUUUAAAAUCCUAAGAUACAAAAAGAUAAAAAUAACCCUAAACAAUGAAUAAAAUUAUUCGGAGCCUCCUAUAUCAGUCUCCACAAGUUGAAAAGAACUUGUCCUUGAGAUUAGAGUAGUGUCGGGUGAUAGCCCAGGAGGAAGAUGUUGGUGUAAGAAGCACUAUACAAUCAAACCUAAGUUUUGAUAUCGGCAAAGGGUUAAAAGUUAAGUAUGUUUGAGGUUUGGAUGUGCUUAUCAAGUUUUCAAGAAAGACCUAGUUAAGGCAAGGCAAGGAAGUCUUGGUCAAUGGGACUGGGCAUGAAAGUCCUAUUCAAAGGGACUGGAUAAGAAGUCUUGACAAAUCGAGGACAUUGUACAAAACCCUGGGGAUUGAGGACAUCAGGCAUGAAGCCCUAGGGUGGUUGAGGACACUAAGCGAAAGUCUAGAAGGGUCGAGAACUGGAGGUCUAGAGGAAAGUCCUAAGGGUCAAGAUCAGCUGAGAAAAAGUCUAAAUAGGUCGGGUGGACCAAGGUUUGACAUCAGGUAAACUCUCUCAAGUGUAAUGCUGAGGACAUGCUUUCGGAAAGAGAGCAGUAGGCAUGGGAGAUUUAAAGUUGAGAACGAACAGUUGGAAAGUUGUCAAUCAUAAUUUUAUUAUGUCUAUGCUAACACUAUGAUGCAGGAAGCAACAAAUGGGAGCUGGUCGAAAAUAGCGAACUCCAAGCGCCUUGAAUGGAUCCAGGUGACCGAAGGUCCGGGUGCCCUGAGUAGGUUCAGGCCCCCGAAUAGUUCAAUAUCCAAUCCGUUUCCAGGUGAGGUGGCAUGUC